AGCUCAGAGUCACCUGUCAGUGUGCUGCUGGGUGUCUGCCAGAGCACAUUUUACUGCCUGUUACAUCCACAGCUGUAGGAGAACAAAACGUCUGGAGAGAUGACGGUGAUUAAACCAUCUGUGGUGAGGGGAGUGGACCUCCACAGUAAGACCAACAACACUGAACACCACACCAGUGCAAUCUCAGUGGAUCAGCUGAUCGUGAGGCGAGGCCAGCCCUUCAGGCUGACCCUUCAGCUGGCUCAGCCUUUCAACCCUGACCUUCAUCCGCUCAUCUUCGUCGCAGUGACUGGUAAACGUCCGUCUGAGGAACGGGGGACAAAGCUAUGCUUCGGGAUCCCAGACAGCGUGCAGCGUUCCCCAUCAGCCAAGGCUGUGUGGAAGGCAGAGCUCCACGGGAACUGCUCCCCUCUGACGGGGGCCCUGACUCUGACCGUUACCCCCGCGGCUGACGCCCCCGUAGGAGAGUACACGCUGUCCGUGAAACACGGGAAUGAGGAAACGCAGCUGGCGACGCUGGUGGUGCUUUUCAACCCCUGGUGUUCAGACGACUGGGUGUUUCUGCCUGAUGAGCAGGAAAGACAGGAGUAUGUGAUGAACCAACAUGGAAUCAUCUACACAGGAAGUGGAAACUACAUCUCCCCUAAGAGCUGGGACUUUGGACAGUUCGAGGAAAUCAUGGUGAAGAUUUGUAUGAAGAUACUGGACGUCAACCGCAAACACGCGAUGGACCCAGCUGACGAUGUCUCUGCUCGCUGUAACCCCAUCUACGUGGGCCGCGUGGUCAGCGCCAUGAUCAACUGUCAAGAUGACGGUGGAGUCCUGCAGGGACGCUGGCAAAGUCCAUACUGGGGCGGGGUCUCACCCUCUCACUGGAGCAGCAGCCGAGCCAUCCUUAAACAAUGGUAUAACACUCACUGCUGCCCAGUCAAGUACGGGCAGUGCUGGGUGUUCGCCGGCGUGAUGUGUUCAGUGAUGCGUCUGCUGGGUAUUCCCUGCCGCGUGGUCACCAACUUCCAGUCCGCCCACGACACCAACCAGAAUCUGAUCAUCGACGUGUACCACGCCGACUACGGAGUCAGACCAAAAGAAUCCAGGGACAGUGUUUGGAACUUCCAUGUGUGGGUGGAGGGGUGGAUGAGACGUCCAGACCUGGCAGUAGAUGGUAAAUACGACGGCUGGCAAGUUCUGGAUCCGACACCACAGGAGAAGAGCAGUGGUGUUUACUGCUGUGGGCCAGCCCCAGUCAAAGCCAUCCUGAACGGAGACGUCGACCUCAAAUACGACAUCCCGUUUGUCUUCGCUGAGGUCAAUGCUGACUGUGUUGACUGGCUGAUCAAAGCUGAUGGUUCAAAAGUGAAGAUCUUCUGUGACACCAAGAGAGUCGGUCAGAACAUCUCCACCAAGGCCGUCGGCUCCAACAAGAGGAUGAACAUCACCAAUGACUACAAACCCAGUGAAGGUUCAGAGGAGGAGAGGGCUGUCUUCAAAUAUGCCCUCACCAGAGAUUUCUCCGGGGGUGAGGAGCCACUUAUGAAUGGAUGCAUGCUGAGGAAUGUGGCUGAAGAUAGAGCUGUAAUAACCCCGAGCGUCAAGCCUCCACCGCUGUCCCUGCGAUUUGAAGUGGAGUCCAACCCAAUGAACGGUAAGGAUGUGAGCCUGAAGCUGGUGCUGCACAGUGAGAGCAGUGCUGCCAAGCCACUGUCCAUCAACAUCAGCGUCCAGGCCAUGAUGUACAACGGCUCUCCAGCUGAGAACAUCCACAAAGAGCUGAAGGAGGAGACGCUGCAGCCUCAGAAAGAUCUGUACGUCCCUAUCCUGGUCCCGUUCUCUGCCUACCGCAAACACAUGUUGCACUGUGACAACAUGAAGGUUUCAGCCGUGAUCACAGACAAACAGCAGACAGACAACAUAUACCUGGCUGUGAAUGACGUUGUGCUUCUGGACCCUCCCAUCCACAUCACUAUUCCCAGUCAGAUCAAACUGCAAUGUGAGGCAAGUGGGGAAGUGGUUUUCAUGAAUCCGGUCAAUGAGAUGCUGAAGGACUGCUCUCUGACUCUCACUGGAAGUGGCAUAAUGAAAGAGGAAAUUCAACACAAGCUCCCAGAUCUGCAGCCAAACAAACGAUUCCGUGUCAAGUUCUUCUUUGUUCCCUACAAGACAGGAGAGAAGAUUGUCAUGGCCACCUUCAGCUGCUCUGUCUUCAAAGAUAUCAAGACCAGCUACACUUUCAAUGUCGCUCUGUAAAUUCUCAGUUACAGGCACAUACUUUUACUCAGAAACAAAAUGUCAGAUGCAUAAGUGUCUUUUUUUGUUUUCAAUCAAAUGUGGGUGCAUGGUUUAUAAAAAUAGCUAGCUAGGCAACAAACUGCUGUGAACUUAAGGCAAAACAAGCCUACUGUACUUUCUUGCUGCAUUGCAUUAUGGUCUGUUUUCUGCUGCCAGAAAUGGACUGGUCUUCUUGUGUUAGACUAUUGCUUAAAAUACUUUUUCUUACGUAUACUGAUAUAUAAAAAUGUGAUGAGCCAGGAUUAACUCACGGUACAUUUAAACUGAUGGUGACACCUCAGGAACUAAUUCCUGUCAGGAGCUCAUGUCAAAAUAAAAGUUUAUGUAACAGAAAAAUGAAGUUAAACCUGACGUACAGAGGAACACACACACACAACUGUUUUCUCAGUUUGUCUGGAAUAUUCACAGUCUACCAUCAGCUUUAACCAAGGUUUACCACAUUGCUCAGAAAUGAAUAUGUGAUUUUAACAAAAACACCAGUAACAUUUCUAAAGUGCAGUCCAGCUGACAAAUCAUAUUCUCAAAUUCAGCUUUUUCAUCCCUGUACAAU